ACACUAACACGACUACACUAUUAUAUAUAGAAGGUAUUACGACACCAAAUCAAUUCAAAACAACUAAGCCUUCUUGCUAGAUACAUAGUACAUACUUAUUUGUUUAACUUCAUUUUCAACAUCAUAGUACAACUUUCCAUUUUGUAAUACUAAUCACCACUUAACUCCCUUCUCCUACACACUAAACCCAUGGCUGACACUUUCCUCAUGACCACCACCACCGCCGCCGCCCCCGCCAAGCGUAACCGUGUGGACGACGAAACCGAAACAAAAAAGAAACUAGCAACCGCUACACAAAACGGCACCGUCUUCAACCCAGCCACCUCACUCGCCAACGCACGACACGAAUUCGGCGAACACGGCGGCGUAAACAUGUCAAUAGAAGCCUCGGUAACAUUCACAGUCAUGGAACCAGAAACUCUCCGACGCAUGUUCGCCGGAGAGUUAGGUCCAGACCGCGACUUCUUCGUCUACAGCCGUCACUUCAACCCUACCGUCCUUAACCUCUCCCGUCUAAUGGCCGCUCUCGAAGGUACAGAAGCCGCUUACUGUACAUCCAGCGGCAUGUCCGCCAUUUCCGCUGCAAUCCUCCAACUCACCUCCACCGGAGAACACGUGGUCGCUUCAAGAACACUCUACGGUGGAACACACGCGCUGUUAACUCAUUUUCUUCCACGUACAUGCAACAUAACAACCACGUUCGUUGAGAUUUCCGAUAUUGAAAUGGUUGAUGAAGCUAUCAUCGAAGGAAAGACUAAGGUUUUGUAUUUUGAAUCAGUCUCAAACCCUACUCUCUCGGUGGCAAAUAUACCGGAGUUGUGUAGGGUGGCGCAUCGGAAAGGUGUGACGGUGGUGGUGGAUAAUACUUUUACUCCGAUGGUGAUUUCGCCGGUGAAGCUUGGUGCUGAUGUUGUUGUUCAUAGUAUCUCCAAGUACAUCAGUGGUGGGGCAGAUAUAAUUGCAGGGGCAGUAUGUGGGCCUGCAAGCCUAGUGAAUUCCAUGAUGGAUCUCCAUCAAGGGGCCAUAAUGCUAUUAGGACCAACAAUGAACCCCAAAAUAGCAUUUGAACUAUCAGAAAGAAUCCCUCACUUAGGACUAAGGAUGAAAGAACAUAGUAACCGUGCAUUAGUUUUUGCAACAAGGCUAAAAAAAUUAGGAUUUAAGGUAAUCUACCCUGGCCUAGAAGACCAUCCACAUCAUGAAUUGUUGAAAUCAAUUCACAACAAAGAUUAUGGCUAUGGUGGACUUCUUUGCAUUGACAUGGAAACAGAAGAAAGAGCUAACAAAUUGAUGAGUUAUUUGCAAAACUAUGGACAAUUUGGUUUCAUGGCUGUUAGUUUGGGUUACUAUGAAACACUUAUGUCUUGUUCUGGAAGUAGCACUAGCAGUGAGUUGAAUUCUGAGGAAAAGGUUCUUGCUGGAAUUUCACCAGGUCUUGUGAGGAUGUCAGUAGGGUAUAUUGGGACUUUGGAGCAGAAAUGGAAUCAGCUUGAAAAGGCAGUAUCUAGACUUCAAGAAUAUGGUUUCCCUAAUAAGAAUUGAAUCACUUUUUAAAUCAUGGGUGUGUUCAUGUUUAUAUUUUGUUAUAAAUGUUUGUCUUUGUAAUAAAAUGUGUAAACUAUAGUACUUAUGUUGUGUGUGAUAUGAAGGACAUUGAAGGAAAUUAAGCUGCCUUGUUUAAAUAAAGUUUGAUCAGAUGGUUUAUUUAAUAUUAUAUGCGUCAA